AUGUCGCACGAGUCCGUCUGGUACUCGCGCCCGCGCAAAUUCGGCAAGGGAUCAAGAGAAUGCCGCGUCUGCACCCACACCGCCGGUCUCAUCCGCAAAUAUGGCCUCAACAUCUGCCGUCAGUGCUUUAGGGAGAAGUCUACGGAUAUCGGAUUCACCAAGAACCGGUAA